AUGACAGAUUAUAAGUGGGAAGUUGGGACAGUAUUUGCUGAUAAGGCUAACUUUAUUGAGGCCAUUAGAACUUAUGUUAUGCAUAUUGGGAGGGCUUUGAAGUUUGUUAAAAAUGAUAAGCGUAGGGUGAGAGUUAGAUGCUUGGGUGGACAAGGUAAGUGUCCAUGGACAGCUUACUGUGGUUAUUUACCAACCCGACAGUUUUGGCAAUUAAGGAAAAUAAAGGACACCCAUAGUUGCAGCAGGCAACUUAACAUUAAGAUUUUGAAUACAAAGUGGCUGAGUGAAGAAAUGGAUAGGUGUUUACAAGACAAUCCAAACUUAAAGGUGCAAGACAUAUGUAAAAAAGCAUUACGUAAAUGGAAUACUAAAGUUUCCAUCUCCAAAGUACGAAGGGCAAAGUUAAUGGCAACAAAACAACUUAUUGGAGAUUUUAAAGAACAGUAUAGAAGAAUACAUGACUAUGCACAUGAACUGUUGAUGUUUAAUCUUGGGUCAAUAGUUAAGGUGGAGGUUGACAGUGUUAAUGGCCAGUAUAAGGGAGAGUUGCUCACUGCAAUUGGAAGGGACCCAAAUGACCAAAUGCUUCCCCUUACAUAUGCCAUUGUUGAAGUGGAGAACAAAGAGAAAUGGAGUUGGUUUUUGCAGUUAUUGGUACAAGAUCUUGGAGGAAAUGAAGUGUACUGGUCAAGGUCUCGUUUCACAAAUGUAGCUAUAUGUGAUUCCCUUGACAACAAUAUAUGUGAAGCAUUCAACAGUGUUAUUGUGCUUGCCAGAGGAAAGCCAAUAAUCACAAUGCUAGAGAGAUAA